AUGCCCAGCUACCAGACCACGCCGUACAAACGCGAACUACUCCAGAUGGAGCUCGACAAAGAUAAUGCCAACCCCACCAUCCUCAACCCGUCUGACCUGCCCUCGCGCCGCCGUGAGUCGACGGGCAGGCGGCAGCAAAGUGGCGGGGCUGGCUUCAUUACCGACCUGAUACCGCGUUACAGCCCCUUCAGCGACCCCUUUGAUGCCCCGGUUUCAGCGACCGACUCGGACAACGACGAUGAUGACGACGAGACCUCCGAGGCCAUUGACGAGCAGGAGAUUUACGACCUCAUCUCCACCAUCUGCGAUCCCGAACACCCCCUCUCGCUCGGCUCGCUCUCGGUCGUCAACUUACCUGACAUCCGCAUCUUGCCCCCCACCUCGCCGCUAUCUGCCAUCAGCACUGUCCUGGUCGAGAUCACACCGACCAUUACCCAUUGCUCACUGGCCACCGUCAUCGGCCUAGGCGUGCGUGUUCGUCUUGAGCAGGCUCUCCCUCCGCGCUUCCGUGUCGAUGUGCGCAUCAAAAAGGGCACCCACAGCACAGAUGAACAGGUCAACAAGCAGCUUGGCGACAAGGAACGCGUUGCCGCUGCCCUCGAGAAUGGUACCUUGAUGAACGUGCUCAAGAAGAUGCUUGCCACUUGUGAAUGA